UGUCCCUGUGUUUCUUUGUAGCAAUGCAUAUCAGACAGACGAGACAUCAGUGGGAACCAUCGGGCAGUGAGCAGUGGAAAAGUGGUUUGGAGCUCUCAGGCUCCCUGCAGCAGAGAUUUCACACGCCUGAGUCAGAGAAGAGACCCAGAAGGGUGACAGAAAAAAGGGUGCUCCCCAGUAAAGUAUCUGAAUCUUAAAGUAGAGGAAGAGUAGCACAAGGUUAACAUAGGGUUUCCCAAACUGAGCAGUACUUUGGGACACUGUGCAGUGAGCUUCACUGGUGAUCUCCUGGAGCUUGGCUAUCUUGGCAGAAAAAGGAACAUUUUUUUUAUAAGGACAAUAAAAGUUUCAGGUAGAGGGAUAUUUCACUCACUGGAAAGGCUGGAACCUGGAAAGAGAGGACUUUGUUAAAGCUGAUGAGCUUUCUACAUCUAUUCAGCAAUGCUCUUUUCAGGGGACUGAAAUGCCCUUUAAUGCAGCGUUCCCGAGAAUGUGCCGACUGUUGGCCAAUUUAAGGUCCGCUGAGUGUCUCGUCUUUGAAGCGUAGGUUUGUUUUUUUUCUUUUUAACUCUUUGCACUCUGUAGGGCUCUGCAUAGACUCCUUCAAUGCUGGCGUUUAUACUGUCUUGUUUGUGUUGAAUUUUGUUUCAUGAAUGAGACUUUUGUUAACCUUGGAAUUGUGGAAAUUAUUUCCUCGCAAAAUAAUAAUUUAGCAGUUGGAUUCAGCGCCCCCAGGACAGUAACAAGAGCGUCUUUUCAAUAAUGUCACACAUUUUUUCCCAGACUGCUAGGAGAUCCAUAGUUUGGAUCACACUGCCUAAUAACAAGGCAACUCAAGGAUUUUGUUUCGCUGGAGUUUUAAAAUGAAGGUGGUCUAUUCCAGAAAGAGAUUCUACAAUUGUCAGCACUGCCUGUGCAGCUGGGGGGACUACGUCAAAGUGACUCCUGGGCUGAAAAUAUUAACAAAACAGACAGAACCACCUUAUUCCUGAUGGAGGUCAGCAUAAACCCAGAUGCGAUUCUUCCGCUCUCUGUGAGGACGCACAAGGAACCCCCUUCCUCAAGCAGCUUUGGAUGUGCCCCACAUGGGACAACUAAUAAACUGGGGGCCGGGAAUUUCAGGAAGGUGGGCAAGAUGGAGGAGGAGAGCCCACCGCCAUUCCCAGGACUUCCCCCAAACGUGGUGGAGAUGCGGGUUAAGGAGGGCAGCAAGAUCCGCAAUCUGAUGGGCUAUGCCAUGGCACGGAUGGAGAGCGGAAGCACCCGACAGAUCAUUUUCAACGGCUCCGGCCGCGCUGUUACUAAAACCAUCACCUGCGUGGAGAUCAUGAAGCGCAAAAUGGGGGGGCUCCAUCAGAUCACCAAACUAAGGUACAAGGGCCUGCAGGAGGUCUGGGAGAGCCAAGAGGAAGGGCCUGGCCAGGCUUCGGAGAUGACUGUCCACAAAAAUGUGCCCUCCAUCUGCAUCCUGCUCUCCAAGGACCCACUGGACCCCCAGGAACACGGAUACCAGCCCCCAGAGUCUCUUAGUACCAUAUGGGAAGCCCAGCAGGAAGAGAAGGAAGUAGACAUCCCAUCACCACAAGGCAGUAAGCGUCCACUCAGCUUUCUGACAGACACCGUCGAGCCAGAUAAUAAGAGGCUUAGUUUGGGAAAAGACUUUUCGAAUGACCUGACUGAUGGAUGAAAUGUCCUUCCAGCUUUUCCUGAUAAGAGUAGAAAUAUCCAAUAGCAUUGGAUAGCAAUAUCAUUUUUUUUUCUCAGUGGGUCCUCUAACAUGCUCAAGAGAAAUUUUGUCAUACUUCAAAAUACCACACCACAGUAUAGUUAGACUAUGUCAUAGUCCGACCUAUUCAGAACAUUAGCUAGGGUAGAUAAACUACUCAGUAAAGAAAACAGUCCAUCCUGACUAAUGCUUGCACAGCAAUCUUAAUACAACUGGACAGUGUAUUAAUGCAAAAAUAUGUCUGUAACAUGGUGAAUUCCAAGGGCAAUUGAAAUACGCUAAAAGGUGUAAGAUUGGGAGUGGAAAAAAGAGUUUAUUUUUUUAUCUCUCUUUUUAUUAAAUGCAUUGUAUGCUGAUUAUAAACAUUUUGACUUUCCAAAAUCCAUGUUAUCCAGGUUGGAUAAUACAGCCAAACAUGCAUUCACCAAUAUGAUAUUCUUUUUAUCUCUGUAAGGUAGGUUCUGCAGAUAUAUAUAUACAUUCAUACAAUUUUAACAACUUCCAAGUUGUGUCUGCAAAUAUCGUCCAAGGCAUUUUAUACUAUACUUCUUACUUACAGUGCUUAAAUUGAUUUAAGUAUCAUAACCAAAAGUGAUUCUGCUUUAAAACAUAAUCUCAUCUCAUGCACAUUAUUUGAUAAAAUAGUAAGAUUCAAAUUGAUUUUAGCUAGGCCAACCAAUUCUUAGACUGCCAUUAAUUCAAAUAAUCCUGUGUUUGCUAAUAACAUUUUUAGAGGAUAAUGACCGGUAACAUCUCUCUAUAGUGAUUAUUAUUUAACUUAGGAACAAGUAAUAGGUUUAUUCCAUGCUGAAAAAAAGAAG